CAAAAGUUUUUGUUUCUGCAUAUGAUAUGUCAAAUAUGUCUUCGGAAUUGAUAGCCACUCUUUUUGUUGCGAUAUCAUUAAGGUCUAUUAUUUCAAUGAAUUCUUAUUCUGGAUUUAACAAACCGCCUAUGUUUGGUGAUUAUGAAGCUCAGCGACAUUGGCAAGAAAUAACAGUUAAUUUAGAAGUAAAGCAAUGGUAUACUAAUAGUACACAUAAUGACUUGCAGUAUUGGGGUUUAGAUUAUCCACCACUUACAGCAUAUCACAGUUAUUUACUUGGUCGUGCAGCUGAAAGACUUAACCCCAGAUAUGUUGAGUUAAACAAGAGUAGAGGGUUUGAAUCGAAGGAUCACAAGAGUUACAUGCGCUUUACAGUUUUAGUAGCGGACGCCUUAGUUUUCAUUCCUGCGAUAUUGGCUUUGUCUGUUAGCAUGGAUCGCAUCUAUAAGAAAAACUUGAAGCUACAAUUGCAAUUACUUUUUGCAAUUUACCCAGGUCAAGCUCUCAUUGACAAUGGACACUUUCAGUACAACAACAUUUCCCUUGGACUAGCAGUUCUAGCUGUCGCUGGAUUACUGUGUGAUAUGAUUUAUGUCGCCGCUUUCGCCUUUACGUUGGCUUUAAAUUAUAAACAAAUGGAAUUAUACCAUGCCUUACCGUUCUUUGCUUACCUUUUGAGUACAUCUUUAUCACAAAAAAGUGCAAAGUCGGCCGUUAAAGAGCUUUCAAUAAUAGCUACCAUUGUGCUAUCAACUUUCGCGAUUUUAUGGUAUCCUUGGUCAAGUUCAAUUGACGCAACUUCAGAUGUAUUGCUUCGCCUUUUUCCAGUUAAACGUGGUGUAUUUGAAGACAAAGUUGCUAAUUUUUGGUGCAGUAUUAAUGUCGUUUAUAAAUUAAAAAAACAUUUUUCUGAUCACAAAAUGGCCUUAAUUUGUUUUGGAACUACUUUAUUAACAGCUCUGCCCAUUAAUGUACAUCUAUUUUUCCGCCGAAGCAAAUACAUAUUUAUAUUAAGUUUAUUUAAUACGGCUGCUUCAUUUUUCUUGUUUUCAUUUCAAGUUCAUGAAAAGACAAUUUUACUACUCACCUUGCCGUCGAUUUGCUUAUUUUACUGGUGGCCAAAAGAAAUGCUGUGGUUUCUUAAAUUAUCGGUCUUUAGUAUGAUACCGCUUUUCAAAAGAGAUAAUUUGUUGGUUCCAACUGUGGGUUUAAUGAUUAUUUUUAAUUUAACUUUUAAAAGUAGAUAUUUUAAAAGUAAUGAAAAUGAGAUAUGCCAUCGAAAACUUAAAAUAUCAAUCACACAAAUUUCAGAAAUUUUAAUGAUUGCUAUUUUCUUAGCGUUUAUAUCAAUAGAACCACCGUCUAGGUUUCCAGACAUUUGGCCAUUGAUAAUUUGUAUCAUAAGUUGUGCUCACAUAUCGAUGUUCUUAAUUUGGGGUUAUACUAAACAGUUUACAUAAAAACCAUUAAUAAUAAACUUGAUGUCUAAAAUAUUGUAGAUUUUUACCUUGAAUGAUGGAAAGUAUAAACACGGAAAAAAUUAAAAUGGAUUUUUUAUUGCCCCUUAAGAAGCUUGUAUUUAACCUAAAAUAUAUAUUUUUUGUGAUAAGGCUAAAUAAAAUUGAGUUAUGAACGUUAAUAUACGAUUAGGUAAAAGACCGAACUUGGAUGGAUUGUCCCCGGCAAGAUUGUCCUAUUAUCAAGCAACCAGAUAAACAGUGUAUCAACCACGAUGUGCUUGGACGACCCAAUCGAAAGUCGGAAUGUCAGACAGAUAAAGAUACACAUUAAGAGCUAGCUAUAAAAUUUUCCUGCUCCACGCCGGCUAGUUAGCGAUAACGCCUAGACAACACCACAUGUUUAGAAUUCAAAACUAGACAGAUUAACGGUGAACCUUACAAACUCAGCAAUAUAUAAUUAAGAUUUAACCGUAACUCAAAAGAAUAAAAAUCAAUACA